AUGGAACUGUUGAAGCUGGCAUUUGCCAACCCCGAGAUCAACCCGGUCAACCGCAAAGCAAAGUCGAUCCCUUUGUUGAAUCCGGUCGAUCGCUAUGGCCGUGUCUUCUUCUUCUCCUGGUUAGGUUUCAUGGUGGCAUUCCUCUCAUGGUAUGCAUUUCCUCCAUUGGUAAGCAGUGUCCACAUCCAUAAGAAUGGCCCUUUCUCACAGGCACAGUUGAGCGUCACCAUCAAGAAGGACCUGCAUAUGACCCAAGACCAGGUCGCCAACUCCAACAUCGUGGCUCUCUUGGGAACCCUUCUCAUGCGAUUUAUUGCCGGCCCGCUGUGCGAUCGUUUCGGUCCCCGAUAUGUCUUUGUCGGAUGUCUCCUCUGCGGUGCCAUCCCUACCGUCAUGGCCGGACUCGUCACCUCUCCCCAAGGACUGAUUGCCCUACGUUUCUUCAUCGGGAUCCUCGGAGCGACGUUUGUGCCCUGUCAGGUCUGGUGCACGGGCUUCUUCGAUAAAAACGUGGUGGGGACUGCAAACGCUCUGGCUGGAGGAUUCGGCAAUGCCGGUGGUGGGAUCACCUACUUCGUUAUGCCUGCCAUCUAUGACUCCCUCGUCCACUCUCAAGGACUGACUCCGCACCGCGCCUGGCGUGUCGCAUACGUGGUCCCCUUCAUCAUCAUCGUCACACUCGCCCUGUCGAUGCUGUUCCUCUGCGAGGACACCCCGAGGGGCAAAUGGUCCCAGCGACAAGACAACAAUCUCAUUGUACAGAGCAAUAUCGUCGACCUCCACCGGUCCAGCGGAUCUGGCGCCCCGUCCAGCAACGACGUCUCCACUUUGCCGGAGAAGAAAGGUGUCUCCACGCCGCAAAUCGUCGACCCCGAAGCGCAACCGGUUGUUGGUAUCUGCCUUGAGAACAACGAAAUGGUCCAGAAGCCCACACUUAGAGAAGCACUCAAGGUGGUCUUCAGCCUGCCAACGUUGGCGCUCGCUCUGCCGUAUGCCUGCUCCUUCGGCGCCGAACUGGCAAUCAACUCCAUUCUCGGCGCCUAUUACUUAAAGAACUUUCCCAGCCUAGGCCAGACCAAAUCUGGCCGGUGGGCUGCCAUGUUUGGACUGGUUAAUGUCGUCUUCCGUCCGGCGGGCGGUUUCCUGGCAGAUCUCAUCUAUCGGUAUACCAAGUCGGUGUGGGGCAAGAAAGUGUGGCUGGUCUGUCUAGGGGUUUGUAUGGGAGCAUCAGCACUGGCUGUCGGACAGUUGAACCCACAGAGUGAGGGACUGAUGUUUGGACUGGUGGUGUUGAUGGCGUUCUUCAUCGCUGCCAGUAACGGGGCCAACUUUGCCAUUGUGCCUCACGUGCACCCAACUGCUAAUGGCAUCGUCUCUGGCAUCGUUGGAGGAAUGGGCAACUUUGGAGGUAUCGUCUUUGCCAUUGUCUUCCGCUACAACGGCACACACUACGACCGUGCCUUGUGGAUUAUCGGGGCGAUUGUUGCAGGGACCAACCUUUGUGUCUCUUGGAUCGGACCUGUACCUCGAACAUAG